AUUACAGCAUCUCAUGUCUAAUGUCAAUCCUGGCGAGAAAAGGGUGAGGCAGAGAGUGUCUGUUGCCUGCCUUCCUUGUCGCCAAAAGCGGAUACGGUGCGAUGGAGCGUUACCUGUCUGUACCUCUUGCACAGCUAAAGAAAUUUCAUGUGAAUACAAUUUUACUGAUAACAAGCGCAAACCUCCCAGUAAAGCCUAUGUUCAAGCUUUGGAAGGUCGAAUACGCUGCCUGGAGGAGCAACUAAGCUCAAGGAAUGAGAUGUCGGCCUCACAAUUUACAGCAGACAAUGAAGAUGCUAGCAUGAUAAUGUCCUUUGACUCUAUUGACGACAGUGGGGAUCAAAAUCUACUAUCUGCACUGACGGGACUCAUGGGGCGUUUCAAUAUUGGCGACGAUGGACAGCUGCACUACUUCGGGUCUCAAAGCAACUAUCAUCUCAUGAACAGUAUCUCAGACAAAAGUUCUAUGGAGUCGACCGUCUCUCUGCAAAGACGAGGUCUUGCUGCGGUAGAGCGUAUGGGAAAGAAUAUGCCACUGUCAAUAGCACUUCAAGAGCAUCUGCUUGAGCUUUAUUGGACUUGGCAACAUCCUUGGAAUUACAUCAUCCACAAGGAAGUGUUUUCCCGUGCCUUUCGGAGCAGAACAUAUGAUAGAUACUGCACACCAUUGCUUCUUUCGGCUAUAUUUGCUCUUGCUUGUCGGUUUUCGGAUUGCAAAGAACUACGCACUGUUGGCGAAGACCCCAACACCGCUGGAUCGGCUUUCUUUGAACAAGCCAAGAUUUUAUUUCUAUACGAGAGUCAAGCGCCCAUCAUUGCCACUGUCCAAGCGGCAGCGCUGAUGAGUAUGAGAGCAUUGUCAGAUGGUCAGGAAGCAUUGGGUUGGUUAUACUGCGGUAAUGCGGUCCGCAUGGCGCUAAAUCUUGGGCUGAACAUUGAUUGUUCCCAAUGGGUGACAUCAGGCCUUAUCAGUGAAGAUGAAGCUGAAGUCAGGAAGGUGACAUGGUGGGGGUGUUUUGUCCUCGACAAGCUUUUCUCAAUUGCAGUGGGUAGGCCUGGAUGCACCAGAAAAUCUCACAUUACGUGCCCAAAACCAAGUUUGAGUCAUGAGGUCGAAUUCGAGCCUUGGAACCCAAAUCUUGGUUCUGCUCCGGUUGUUUCAGCAACAGUAAUGCCAAGCCGUGCUGUCUCGACUGGGCAUUACGCUGCGGAAUGCUUGUCACUUGCUUCUGAAGCCAUGGAUCAAAUAUAUGCACCAAAUAGUGGACUAUCAGCCAAAGACGUGGAAGAUGUUGUCGCCAGAACAGACGUUGAGUUACGCGCACUCUAUCUGAGCCUACCGAGCCAUCUCCGGCUGCCACCGUCACUUCAGUCACCCAUACCUGCCCAUAUAUAUCAAUUACAGCAAGUUCAGACCAUGCAAUAUCAUGUUAACCUUAUCUUAUUACACCGACCUCUCUUAGAAGUGUCUCCAGGUAUUCGCAAGUGCCAUUCGACGUUGUCUUCCUGGCAAAGCUCGCAUAUAAAGACUUGCCGGGAAUCAGCGUCGGAGGUGGUAAAGCUUUUGCGUUCAUAUAACCAGCAUUAUACGUUGCGAUAUGCAUCUUUGGCCACUGUCCAGGUAGCUUUCACAGCCGCUAUCGUCCACCUAGCUGAUAUCGAAAAUUCAUCGUACAAACAACAUGCUUUACGAGAUUUUGAAACUUGUCUCAAUGCGUUGGAAGAGAUGAGAUCCACAUGGUCCGCGUGGAGUUCAAAGGCCUUACGGGAAAUCCACAAUGUUCAAGAAGAAUGGUCUAUACUGGAUUGUCUGGGGACGUAGGGUAAAAUCUGCCUAAUGUGGAAUUUCAGUUCAUG